CCCACAAUCCAUUGCGGCGGGGUGAAAGUAACCAACACCGCCAUGUCGUGUCGUAGAAUUCAAUUUCAGAACGGACCAGAGAAACUCAUUUCCUAACUUGAUUUUUCCGGAUGAAUUGAGUUAAAGUUGCUGUCUUGAGCUUUGUUAUUUUGACGCUUCUCCUGAAAGAGAAUUAUUUAUAGGUCAAAUCGUGCUUUUGCAAUUCAAGGGAGGCAAAAAUGAGCGGAGGAGGAACGCCGUACAUCGGUAGCAAAAUUAGCCUCAUUUCUAAGGCCGAGAUUCGCUAUGAAGGAAUUUUGUACACCAUAGAUACUGAAAACUCCACUGUAGCCCUAGCUAAAGUUCGAUCAUUCGGAACCGAAGACAGGCCUACGGAAAGGCCCAUUCCCCCUCGGGAUGAGGUGUAUGAUUAUAUCAUCUUCCGGGGCAGCGACAUUAAGGACCUGACGGUGUGCGAGCCCCCCAAGGCGACCAGCACUCUGCCUCAAGACCCGGCCAUAGUUCAGUCAUCCCUCGGAUCCAGCGGCAAUGCAGCAGGGCCGUCGUCAUUCCAGUCUGCCAGCACGUACGCUCCCUUCAGCAGGGCCCCGGUGCAAACCUAUGGACAGUUUGGAGGCGCACCAAUGAGCACUCCGCAGUUUGGCGCACCCGGAGGGCGUACCAGUCCUCAAUUGGACACUCUAGCGAAGAGCUCCCCCCUGGAUCAGGCCACGCAGGCCCCCACCUCAGCCGCCCCGGCACCACCGGUCGGUCAGAGGAGUCAAGCGGCGGCCCCGGCACCCCGACCUGUCGGCGCGUCUGUCGGCAGCCAAAAGCCCCCAGACCUCCUGGAGCAGAGAAAGGCUCCAGAGGCACCAAAAGCGACUCAUGCGGAUCAUGGACAUACCGCAGUUGAAAACAGGGACCCCAACAGGCGUCAAGGAGGUCAGUGCUACAUGUCGACAAGUGGGCCGCCUGUGAGACGCGGACGCGGCCGGGGCAACCGCAGCCGGGGAAAGGUGAAUGUCCGUCGGGACGGUUUGAUGAAGUUUGAGGAGGAUUUUGACUUCGAGACAGCCAACGCUCAGUUCCAUAAGGACGACAUUGACAAGGAGCUGCAGACCAAGCUCAAGCUUAAAGACGACAAGGUAGAAAAGACACUGAAUGGUGAAGAAGCCGACUCGGAACAUCCAGGUGCGGAGGCGCCAGUGGAGGAAGAGGAGGCAGCGAUACCUCCCUGUUACUACGACAAGACCAAGUCCUUCUUUGACAACCUGUCCUGCAAUGACUCCAAUAAAUCACAUGAUGGAGGAUUCCCAAGAGAGCGAAGGUCAACCUGGGCGGAAGAACGGCGGAUGAACGCCGAGACAUUCGGCAUCCCGCUGAGGCACCACCGUGGUCGGGGAGGCUACCGCGGUAGCCGGGGCUACGCCGGACCCCGCGGCGGAGGACGGGGACGGCCGUCCAGCAGGGGCUCCUUCGGCCCGCCUCGAGGGGCACCGCCCGGCUUCCGGGGAGGCUUCAGGGGUGGGAGAGGAGGCCGCGAGUUCUCCGACUUUGAAUAUGCGAAGGACAACAAGGUGGCGGCGUAGUCCCGCCCGGCUUGGACGACGACGACCAAUCGUAGCUCUUUCAACACUUAUCUCGAGUCCCGACAUUUGCCAGGAAGGAAAAAGAGGCACCGGCACGUCACCUCCAUUUUCUUUUUCUUCUUGAUUUUGUUGAAUUAUCAGUGGUGUAAAUAAGCGGAGUGGUUCAGCUGCCAGCUGCGCUUAGAUAGCUUUAUUUCUUCGUCUUUCAUUUUGUUUUACUUCGAAUUAUGAACAUGGCACAUGGAGACGGUCUGAAGGAAACCAAAUGUGAGCGCAUCUGGCAUGACAAAAUGCGUGUAGAAUUUUUUUGUUUCUUCUUCCGAGAGCGCUUCUAGUGGUUAGCCAAAAGUUUGCAACCUUCUCCUACGUUUGCCACUUUGACAUAAAAUGGCUUCCCAAAUGUUUUCUCUGUGAAGCCCUUUGUUUAGUUUUUUUCUCAAAACAAAAAGGGACAGCAACUGGAUAUGUGACACGAAUUAUUAGGGUUUUUUUCCAUUGUUAUGGCUCCACUUUGUAUUUAGGGAGUGCCUUCAAUAUGGGAUAGGGGUGGGGAGGAGGGUAUUUUCUACAGUUCUCCCUUUAAUGCUGAUGCUUUCUAAUUCUGGUAGUCAUGAAAACAGCACUAGGAGGUGGUGAACUUGUUGCAAAUGUGCUGUUUACGUUGCACACGUUGAACCUGCAUGAUCGCCGUUGAUUUAAAAACCAGCCCGAGCCGGAUGGCGGAAUUAUUCACGAAGAACCAUCCGGAAAUGCUUAGUUUUCACAAAAAUUUGUUACUUCUUCCGAGCUUCUGGAACAUUUAGAAAAACCAAGGAGUUGUGUUUUUUCCUUCUUGAGAGUAUCAUUAAAAAGUGAGUUUUUACAUAAAGAAAAAAAAAUAAAGUUCAAAAGAGGAUAACAG